UGCGUGGAUCAUCUAUUUCUAUCGCCACGUCCUUUCCGACAGCAGAUCAUCCCUCGGGGACUCCCCCUGACGUCUGAUCUGGUCAUCGUACUUUCGCUGCAGUGCAGGUGGUUAGUCUGACCUUCAUCCCAGCUCCGAGGCACCGAACUCGAGGGUCGUGCGCGCAAUUGAAGACCGGCGCUGUACAGUAGUGAUAUCAUGAUGUUGUAGGAUUGACAGAUGGACUUCGAGGGAUCCUUCGCGGUGCCGAAGCUAGUCGUUCGAGCGGGGUGGAAGGAUGACGUAACAAGCUGGUAUACGCAGCCGCUGAUAAUGAAAAUGGAUAACGACGCAGGUCAAUCUGGACGUUACACCGCAUCUCAUCCUUCAUACAAAGACUUUCCUCUGAUUGUGGCGCGAUGACCACCGCAGAGAAGCCCUACCUCGACCGCGUGUUCGCUGCAAGCAGCACAGAAGAAUCGCGGCGCCUGUACGAUGAAUGGGCCGCGACAUACGACUCGGACAUGCAAAAGCAUGACUUUACAGCACCACGUCUUGUCGCUGAAGGAGUUGCAAGAGGCUUGAAGCUCAACCAUCUACAUCGCGACCCCAGCCAGGUCCUUAAAGGCCUCCGGAUCGUAGAUGCAGGUUGCGGGACUGGAGCCGUUGGCAACGAACUCGCGAAAAUGGGUGCAGAAGACAUCGAUGGCCUCGAUAUAAGCGAGAGCAUGCUUAAGGUCGCGCGCAAGAGUGGAGUUUACAAAGACUUGAAGAUUGCAGACCUGACGAAGAAACUGAAGUUUGAGGAUGGAGAGUAUGACUCGCUUGUCUGCUGUGGCACGUUCACGCAUGGGCAUCUGGGGCCAGAACCACUUGCAGAGUUUCUACGGAUCGUGAAAAGUGGCGGCGUUGUUGUUGCGACGGUGCUGGAUAGCCACUGGGUCGAGAAAGGUUUCGAAGCUGAAGCCGAGCGGUUAGCGAAGGCCGGUGUAUGCGACAUUGUGGAGAACAAGGUGCAUCAGUAUCGCAAAGAUGCGGGAGGAGGACGAAUUCUGAUUCUAAGGAGCAUCUAAGUAUAGAC